UGCCACUGAGCUGGAGAAAAGAUUGGAGACGUGCACAUUGUGUUCUGACUAGUUUCAUCAAGCGAAAUAUUUUAUUGUGGAAUACUGUUUGUUUCCAUUUCAAAAUCUAACCAAGUUGUUCGACGUUUUAAUCCCAGGAUGGGACACAAAGGAUUCUCGGUGACAGGCCUGGUCUGCGGCAUUUCUUUCUUUCUUCUACCGCUGCACUCCACCUAUGGAGACGUGAGCUAUUCUUUUCCGGAGGAGAUGAAACGCGGUUCAGUUAUUGGAAAUAUAGCCAAGGAUCUCGGGCUGCAGGCGAGGAGACUUUCUAUUCGUAAGGCCCGUACUGACACCGAAGGGAACGACAAUCGGUACUGUGACGUUAAUUUGAGUACCGGAGAUUUGAUUGUUGCCGAGAGGAUUGACAGAGAGGGGCUUUGUGGCGAAAAGUCUUCAUGCGUUUUAAAACAGGAACUUGUAUUAGAGAAUCCUUUGGAACUUCAUCGUAUCAACCUCAACAUCCAAGAUAUUAACGAUAACGGACCACUUUUUAACGAGGAUAUGAUACAUAUGGAAAUAGGAGAAUCGGCAGCUAAAGGCACUCGUUUCCUAUUAGAGGAAGCUCAUGAUGCGGACAUAGGACAGAACUCUGUCCAAAAAUACACACUAGAACGAAAUGAGAAUUUUGUAUUGGCUGUAGAUAGUAAUACUGUCCAGCUUGUUCUAGAUAAAGAGCUUGAUCGUGAACAAAGAUAUGAUUUGAAGCUGUUGCUUACAGCUGUAGACGGAGGCUCUCCGCAGAGAUCAGGUACUGUAGUCAUACACGUCACUGUACUAGAUGCUAAUGAUAACGUCCCAGUGUUUAGCCAGGCCGUCUAUAAAACCAGCCUGCCUGAAAACUCUCAUUUAAAUACUGCAGUAAUUACAGUGAAGGCUACCGAUGCAGACGAGGGAGUGAAUGGGGAGGUCACGUAUGACUUUGGCCGUGUUUCAGAAGAAGUAAAGAAAAUAUUUUCUAUCGACCGUAAAACAGGAGAAAUUGGUGUAAUAGGCACAAUUGAUUUUGAAGCGGUUUCGUUAUUUGAAUUGCGUAUCAAAUCGAAAGAUGGUUUAGGUUUAGCAUCAUAUGCCAAAGUUAUAAUAGAAAUCACUGAUGUUAAUGACAACGCUCCUGUGAUUUAUCUACAAUCUCUGACUAACCCCAUACCUGAGAACGCGUCACCUGGUACAGAGGUGGGCAUCAUUAACGUGCAGGAUAGAGACUCUGAGAAUAACCGACAGGUCCGCUGCUCCAUUCUGCAAAACGUUCCCUUUAAACUGGUGCCAUCCAUCAAAAACUACUAUUCUCUGGUGACCAUGGGCGAACUGGACCGAGAACUAGUGUCUGAUUACAACAUUACAAUCACUGCCACCGACGAGGGCUCUCCACCUCUGUCCUCCUCUAAAAGUGUUCAGUUAUCUGUAGCUGACGUCAACGACAACCCACCUGUGUUUGAGGAACAGUCCUAUAAAGCCCACGUGACUGAAAAUAACAAACCCGGUUUCUCAGUGUGUUCCGUUACUGCACGGGACCCAGACUGGAGACAGAACGGAACAGUGAUUUAUUCUCUCUUACCCGGUGAGGUGAACGGUGUUCCUGUGUCCUCGUUUUUAGCCGUUAACGGAGACACGGGGGUGAUCCACGCUGUGAGGUCGUUUGAUUAUGAGCAGUUCAGGAGCAUUAAAGUCCACGUGGUGGCCAGAGACAACGGUUCUCCUCCGCUCAGCAGCAACGUUACGGUCAGUGUGUUCAUAACGGAUAUGAAUGACAACUUUCCUCAAAUACUAUACCCCGCCCCGGAGGGGAACUCCUUCAUGACCGAGCUGGUCCCCAAAGCUGCGCAUGGGGGCUCUCUGGUUUCCAAGGUGAUAGCCGUGGACGCGGACUCAGGCCAGAACGCCUUGCUUUCUUAUCAUAUCGUCAAAUCCACUGAUUUGGGACUUUUCACUAUUGGUCUCCACAGCGGAGAGAUCAGGACACAGCGGGACAUUUCUGAAUCUGACAGCAUGAAACAGAACCUCAUUGUGUCAGUGAAAGAUAACGGACAGCCCUCUCUCUCUGCCAUCUGUACCAUGUAUUUAUUGAUUUCUGAUAACUUGGCUGAAGUGCCAGAACUGAAAGAUAUCUCGUAUGAUGAGAGCAAUUCCAAACUCACCUCUUAUCUGAUCAUCGCGCUGGUGUCUGUCUCCACCUUUUUCCUCACCUUCAUUAUUGUCAUCCUGGCGGUGAGGUUUUGCCGCAGGAGAAAGCCCAGACUGUUGUUUGAUGGAGCGGUCGCCAUCCCCAGUGCGUAUCUCCCUCCCAACUACGCAGAGGUGGAUGUGGCAGGAACUCUCCGAAGUUCUUACAAUUAUGACGCAUACCUGACGACGGGUUCGCGAACAAGUGACUUCAAGUUCCUCACAUCUUACAAUGACAACACGCUGCCUGCAGACCAGACUCUGAGAAAAACUCCAAAUGACUUUGCUGAAGAUCUUGACGAUUCUGAAGGGUCCCCAGAGGUAUGGCUUUACUGUUAA